GGAUAUUUGAGCAGCAUGUCUGAGCAAGUCAGUCAGUUUUUCAUACCACUUAUGAGUAAAUGUCUAGGUUUUAAGACACCUAAAGAAGCUAUUGAUGGUCAUUACAUAGACAAAAAAUGCCCCUGGACUGGUAUGGUGUCUAUCCGAGGUCGUAUAUUAACUGGUGUAGUAGUUUCUGUCAAAAUGAAAAGAACAAUUAUUGUUCGCCGUGAAUAUUUGCACUACGUCACAAAAUAUAAUCGUUAUGAAAAACGUCACAAAAAUCUUGCUGCACAUUUGUCCCCCGCCUUUGUUGGUGUCUCAGUAAGUUCUGAAGAAAGUUCAAAAGGGACCAAAACAAUUUACCAAUAUAAAAUUGUCAAUCGCACCGGGUCAAUAAUCAUUAAUACUUUAUCGAAUAUGGAAGAUAUUGUAGCAUUCAAUUCAGUAGAAAUUGGACUUUCGCUGAAACCGCUAGAAAUAAGCGAUAAUCGAGAAUUAGCCAAUAAAAAGGAAGAAAUAAUACUUCGAUGCCCUUACCGACGAAACGAAUCAGCUUUUGAAUAUUGGCUAGCCGGCACAAUAUUAACCGAUUACUUGUUACGUAUUUACGUUAACGUUAAUGCCGUAUGUCGAAUUAGUAACAUUGAUAAUAAUGUCGGAAAGUCACACUCGAUUAUGGGCGACGCUGAGCGACAAGAAAUGCAACCACCACAGCAACAAUCAACUUCGUCGUUUAACAUCAUGUCGAUAUUAAAUCCGGCUCCAUCACCGCCGUCUCAUAGGUCCCAAACUGUAUUAGGAACAUCACUGCAACAAGAUUCACAUGCACACCCGACCUUACCGCCAGCUUCGUCAAUGACUCAACAAACGUACUACCAGUCAAGUCCUCACUCACAAGCCCAGUCUCCAACUUUUCAAAUCUCUUCAAAUUCACCAGUAAAUAUUUAUGGCUAUACGCCUCAAAAAUCAACUUUCUCACCAGUUGGUUUCAACGCUUCUAGCAAUGGUACUCCUUUGUCACCAGUUAAAACUAGUCCUUCAACUCCACUGACUAAUGCGCCAACUGUAUUACAGUCGUCUCAUGUAUUAAUGCCCAGUGAAAUAUCAAUACCAGCUGUCUCGAUCACUGCCUACAAUAACCGAAGUCCCUCGUUAAGUCCAACCAUUCAGGAGCAAGAUGUUACUGCUUCGAUAAAUAAAAGUAACCAUCACCACAACGGAAAUAGUUCCGAAGUUAAUCAAGUCACUGUUGCCACUACACCUAUAUUGAGUGAUUCUUGCGGUCAUUUGACAAAAGACCAACCUCCUACUCCUACCCUUACUCCCGUGGAGUUUGUUGAUCAGUCUGUGCAAAAAUCGGGAUAUGUGCAUCAAAACCUUAAUCAAUCUCUUAACGCAGUGACAGCAGAAAAUUCCUCUGGCUUAGAACAAUUGGCUAGCACGGCACUCUGCGAACUUCAAAAUUUACAGAGAAGAGAUGUCAUACACAACGAAGAAACCAGAACUGGUAGAGAAUCUGAUGUUUUCUCUGAUGAAGGUCACAUUUCGCAUCCUACAUCUCCAUUUGAAGAGCGUACACCUGUUAAAAAUAUAGUGUCGCCUAUUUCAUAUGAAAGUACAACGGGAAGCACACCCGCACCACCGCAAACCGAUUCAGAAUUUCCACAAUAUGAUCAUGAUGAGCCCAUGAAAGGAUUUGGUGAAACCACCGAUUCAGAGAGUGAACCAUCUAAGUCUGAAUUUACAAGAAUUAAUAAGACAUCACAUGUUAAAGGCAAAGAUUUACAAAACAAACGUAGAUAUAAGAUCAAUCAGAAGAACCAUGAAGAGGUCUCUUCUGAUGAUGCAGGUUCACGUCAACGUAAAUCUGGAACAAGACGGCCGAAAGCCACAUUGACAAAAAGAAAACUAUCAUUUACAUCUGAUCGUACUCCCAAAGACAACAAGAGACAAUUUCGAUCAAGAACUACGUCUAAUAAUAGUAGUCGUAACACUUCACCAAGUCUGGGAUCUACAAAUGCAAAUGUCGUUGAUGAGAUGGUCAUUGAUGAACCAGAGCGGUCAGGGGAGCAGCUUUAUUGUGUCUGCCGGUCAUCUGACGGCCAAUCAUUUAUGAUUGAAUGUGACAAUUGUGAUGAAUGGUUUCAUGGUGCCUGUGUAAAAAUAUCAUCCGAAGAAUCAUUAAUGGUGGAUAAAUUUUAUUGUCCGAAUUGUACAGCUAGAUUUGAAAAAUUGAAAUUCUGUUCAGUCAAAUGCGGAAUGGAUUUCAAUCGUAUUCUUCUCGAAAAGGAAGAAAGGGCAGCUAAAAUGAAAUUGCUGUUAAGCAAGAAAAAUAAGGACAAUAAAAAAGGACCGAUAAAACGAAAUGUUACAAAUCGCACAGGACAAUUGGAAGAUGUCGAAAGAUUGAAAAGGAUAGCGAAGAAAGAAGCUAAAAUCAAAAAAGAGUUGGAAGAAAUCGAGACUCUUAAUAAUGUUGCUGGACGGGGCAUAGAGAGGGUUCAAAGUGAGAGUGAUCAAGUUGAUAGUGAUGGAUCAGCCCAAGAUGCUCCAUGCGAAUUUGAGAAACAAUCUGAGAGCGAUGGACCUACACAUAAUGCACCAAUUUGUGGAUACAGUCCUCGUUUUGAUUGGGCUAUUGAUAAAGACGAUGUGAAAUAUGUUGAGGAAGAAAUUUGUACAAUUCAGAAGGCGCGUUGUAAAAAGCAUCGUAAUUGGCAAAAACUUGCUGGAGAAAAGAGAUUGAUAAAGGCACAAAUGAGGAAACGAAACGAUAUGGAAGAAGCAAUAAUAAAUGAAACAAUUGAUCAUAUGGCUGGAUGGUGA